AUAAGACAUGGAAGGAAAACCGAAUUUCCCUAAUAUGACGUCAUACAACAUUUGCGUAAUCGUCUUUAAAAUGAUAAGUCUAACCUUUUUCCCGAUACGUGACGUUGAUAAAUAGGAACGUUAAAAAAACGAGUGGCGCGUGCAUAAAAUCACUUCCGGUUUCUAGCGUGCACGCUCGCUCAUGUGUUGCUAUGAGUAACAGGCUACAGUACAACAUUAAUAACAAGCACCCGAAAGCCUUAUACUUCAGACAUGAGUUCACCGUUGACGAUGCUAAAGAAAAUGAGGCGCGCCCCGCUUCCGUAUGAAGAAAGCACCAAACGGGGUCAACAAGAGAAUCUUUCAACAGAAUCUCAGGUCUUGUGUGAAACCAGAGGUCCUAUAGCAUGCAGUCCAACUCGACCCAAUGAUGAAUUUGUGAUGUAUAAAGUUUCUAAGAAAGGUAAAGGUGAUGCGCCAAGUGACUUUGAGCUGAUGUCUUCAAUGAUGCAGCGUCUGACUCUGCUUGAGAGGCAGGUCACAAGCCAAAAAGAGGAGAUGGGACGCAAGGACAAUGCUAUUUCAGUUUUGAAGGACAAACUGAAAGCACUGGAAGACUUGGAGAAUGGACAUGUUGAAAUUUGCGGUCAUCUUGAAAGACGGUGCAAAGAGCUACAGCUCCAAGUGGAUGACAUGGAGAGGUUCCUGAAUGACUAUGGCUUGAUCUGGGUAGGAGAUAGUAAGCCUGCUAAUGGCACACAGCGAACAGACUUAGGUACAAACAAUUUACUUUCGAACUUAAAAGGGCUGCUAAUAUGCAAGUUUAAUCUCCUUUCAGAUACCUCUUUGCACAGGAAUUUCCACAUUGACUUUGACCUCGUGAUACAGACGAUCAAGGAGCUCAACAUCCUCGCAGGAGAACCUUUCAUACAAUCCACGCCCACGGGAGCGCAUUUGGCACGAAAUGAUCCUGUGCAAUUGAAGCUCUACAGCAAUGGUAUUGUCAUGUUUGAUGGACCUUUCCGAUCCUACCAGGAGAACAGCACCCAGCAAUGCAUGCAGGAUCUGAUGGAAGGCUAUUUCCCAUCUGAGCUUCAAGGCAGAUUUCCUGAUGGUGUGCCUUUUGAGGUCCAUGACAGACGGAAUGAGGAAUUUGUCCCGAGAGCACCGUUUGAUAAAUUUCCUGGUAAAGGACAGGCUGUGCAAGACAAAAAAGAGGACUCAGCAAUGAGAGUCAGCUCAGAAUUAACUGGUAAGACAUUUAGCACAAACAAGUUUCUUAACAGACUACCAAAAAUGGUGGUGAAGGCGGGUCGUGUGAUUGACAUCAGUGACUCCGUACAGACAAACUUGAAGAGCUCCUCUGACAUACACAACAGUUGCUCUGCAGUCAUUGUCAAUACACCAGCACUGCAAGCAAUGAAGGACAGCAUCUCGACUGACUGGCCUUCGUCCGUACGCAACAUGGUCACACUCAAGGUCAAGUCAGAAGAUGGUGAUUGUACUUUUGUGCUGAAAAUGUGCCUCUCCGAGACUGUUGGUAAUCUGAGGAAACACCUGGACACACACAGGGGACAUAAACUGUCUGGCUAUGACAUUAUCAGUGCAUACCCUCCUUGUCAUUACCAGGAUGAGCACCAAACACUUGGGUCAUGUGGGUUCACAAACAACGUUACUCUUCUUCUGCGAGGAAGGAAAAAUCACUCAUGAA